CGUGUGCGGAACUGAGUAUCUGAAACCAGGAGUGAGUCACCUGAGUGACUGAAGAGGGCGAGCUGUGUGGGCCUGGUGGACACGACAGCCAUUUUACAUUUCUCUAUGCCUCCUAAGGAUUGUGUGAUUAUUUCUUUCUCAAUGAAUCUCUAAAAUCAGCCAGCAGCAUGAAAAGCUGGAGCAGGAAAAUCAAGAGACAAGAGCCUGACAGUGAGGUUGGGUCCUCAUCUAGUAAGAGGAACUCCAUUAGUAAUCCACCAGUGCCUGUGUGGGUUACUCACACACCAACACCAGAUAAUAUCACAGAUGAUGGGGAUACUAACUCCACAGGCCACACAUCUAGUACUCCACCUUAUGCAGACAAGGAGGACAAAAAAGGGAGCAUGAAGGACAGACUGAAGUCUCUCAUCCCACAGUCAUGGGGGAGCAUCCUACAUAAGUGGACGAGGGAAAGUGACAACUUUGAAACCAGCACCAGUAGCAUCCAGAUCCUUCCUAAUGGGACCAGGGUGAGUCCUCCUGUGAGUCCACUGGUGGAGCGCAGGAACUGGGGUGAAUCACUGGGCAACUCCAGCCUGAACUCCCACAAGCCUUUGUUAAGGGAGAGCCCCUCUGAUGAUCUGUUUGAUCAGGGCCCACGAGAGGAAUCUCUGCUGACCAGUAUCCACCCUGCAGAGUACUACGCUGAGAAACUGGAGGUCUAUAACCAGAAGUAUUCUUAUUUGAAAUCCUGGCCAGGCCUGCUCAGACUUCUUGCCGGACUUCAGCUCCUAUUUGGGGGCAUGGUCUUCGCCUGUGUCAUCGCCUACAUCCAGAAAGACAGUGAGUGGUCCAACAGCUACGGACUCUAUAACGGUGCUUAUAACAAUGGGCUAGGUAUGUCUGGAUACAGCUACAGAGGCCCUAUGACUCCCUUUAUACUGGCAGUAGCUGGAGUCUGCUGGAUCAUGACCUUCAUUCUCUUGGUAAUGGGAAUGACUAUGUAUUAUCGCACCAUCCUCCUGGAUGCCCCCUGGUGGCCUCUGACGGAGGCCUUCAUCAACUUGGUGAUGUUCCUUCUCUACAUGGCAGCAGGAAUUGUUUACCUGAAUGACUUGAACCGCGGGGGUCUGUGCUACAUGACAAUAGGUGUCAACCCCGUCAUGGCUAAUCUGUGUCGGGUUGACGGGGGCCAGAUGGCGGGAACCGCCUUCAUCUUCAUCAACUUGGCAAUGUAUCUGGGAGGCUUCCUUGUGUGUCUGAAGAUGUGGAGGCAUGAGGCUGCACGUAGAGAGAGGGAGUACUUUAUGAACAAGCCCCAGGAGGAGUUUCACCAGUCCAUCCCACUAACACCUCAAAAACCAAAGCGCAUAUCUUUCAAGGAUGAAAUUGAUAAGUCUCCGAGUAAAGAUUAUAACAAGCAGUAUACACUCACCUCUGAGGUCCAUAAGAACCCAGUUAGUCUGAACAGAGCCACAGCGUCUGAAUACACCCCCAAAGUACACAUCAUCGCUGACUACAUCAUAAAGUAUCCAGGGAUCAGCUGUGUGGAGGAAAGGGAAAAGUACAAAGCUGUUUUCAAUGACCAGUAUCAGGAAUACAAGGACCUUCACAGAGACAUCAGCACAACUCUCAAUAAAUUCAGGGAACUGGAUGCUGCAAUGGCACGACUUCUCGGAGAAGGAAAAAGCCGAGAGGAUCAGCAGAGGAUUCAAAGCAUUUUGAAGAAGUAUCAGGAGAAAAAAAGUGAUCCGGCCUUCCUGGAGAAAAAGGAACGCUGUGAGUAUCUGAAAGCUAAAUUAAGUCACAUCAAACACAGAAUCCAAACUUUUGACCAGGAAAUGAUGGCAAGUGGUCGGACAUGAAGAUCGGCAAGAACCCUGAUGAGCAGACAAAACACAUGACCUUUUUCUAAUUAGUUCUUUGUCUCCUUUUGUGUUUUGUUGCAUUGAAUAUAAAGUAUUUUGAAUGAAAAGCACAUGUCUUAUUCAGGAAAGAAUAAAUCAGGGUAGUCAUACAUACGACCUGUGGGCCCAAUCCAGCAGACUGGAUUGAUUUUCAUUAAUUCAAUAAAAUAGCAGCGUUAU